AUGGAGGCCAGGGAGGCGGGUCGACGGGGGGCAAGGCCGGACAAAGCAGCAGCUUCCGCAACUUAUAUCUUUUACCUCGAGAAACGAGUAGAGCAACUGGAGCAUCUGCUCAAGGACAACAACAUCACUUUCCCGCCGGCCGAAAAUUUGGACUACUGUUCCAAGAAGGGAGAUAGGCCGCGCCAUGUCCACUCGACCCAGGUGGACACGAGCGGGCAUCCCUCACAACUAGAAACACCAGAUAGCAUCAACAAUCAAAGACCACAGAAUGAGGGAGAUGAUGUGGUCAGACUACAGAAACUGGUGUCCAAGUCUGACCUUGGUGGCGUAUCCGCAACGGCAAACCCUCGCUAUUUGGGAUCUACCUCGGGAAUAUCUUUUGCACGCAUUGUUUUCGCUGCGGUGCAGUCGUCGGUAUCCGAUCAGAAGUCCACCUCGGACAAAGCUGGCAUCCGACCCUACAAGCCUGCUCCCAACAAUGGCCCCGCCACCGCCGGAACGUCUAUGAGAGACUCCUUCUUUGGCUUGCACACAAAACCGACGAUUCAUCCGGCAACAUUCCCCAGCAGGGCUAUGGGCGAAAAGCUGAUGUCGCUUUACUUUGAGCAUGCGAACCCCCAAAUGCCUGUGCUCCACAAGGGCGAGUUCCUGGAAAUGUUUGAGCAAGCUUAUGCCGAAGAAAACCGUGUACGGGGGCCACGAGAACUUUACAUGUUGAACAUGGUCUUCGCGAUAGGCGGCGGCAUCAUUGUGGGAGAAUCGACCAAGGCCAGUGGAUCGGCAGAAGCGCCAGGUAAAACUGAUGACAACACAAGACAGUGCCAGCCAGAAGAAUAUCAUGCUAGUGCCAUUGUUCAUCUUGAGGCUUGUCUUGGCAACAGUGCCGGUGGUUUGGAAGAGUUACAGGCCGUCUUGCUUCUCGCCAACUUUGCCUUGUUGAGGCCGGUUCCUCCCGGGCUGUGGUACAUCGUCGGCGUCGCCAUCAGGUUGGCGGUCGAUCUCGGCCUACACUACGAAGACGGUAAGGACAUUGAAUCCGGUCUAGGGAUCGGAGACCAGAGCGAAGCAUUCUCGCGGGAAAGGGGAAGAAGGGAGUACAUGCGUGAUCUCAGGCGGCGUCUGUGGUGGUGCACCUAUUCACUCGAUCGCCUCGUCAGUGUUUGCGUCGGCAGGCCAUUUGGCAUAUCAGAUCAAGUCAUUACCACAGAGUUCCCCUCUCUCCUAGAUGAUCGAUUUAUUACGCCAAGCGGCUUGCUUGAACCACCCCCCGACGUGAUAGGACCGACUUACAAACUCAUCGCACAUCACUACUUCCGUCUUAGGCUGCUCCAGUCAGAAGUUCUUCAAGUCUUGCAAUUCCAGCAAUCACAGCUUGCGCGGGCCUCUGGACUGAACCAGAAGAACCCUUACAUGCAUACAUCUCUUCCAUCGCCGUUCUUGUCACAGUUCGAAACCUUCCGAGCAUGGCGCAUUGAUAUCGACAGGAGACUAUGGGAGUGGAAAAAUUCUGCACCAACACGGCAGCAGACUGGCGUACAAUUUUCGCCUGAAUUCUUUGACCUUAACUACUGGCAGGCUGUCAUUAUGCUCUAUCGCCAAAGUCUAAGUGUGCCAGCCUUGUUCGAAGGUGAAUAUCACACGUCAAAGGAGGUCAACAGCCCGACAAUGUUCAACAUGGAGCUUCGGGAGGAUGAAGACCGCGUGUAUCUCAAGGUCGCCGAGGCAGGCCAACGUAUCUUGCGCCUUUACCGCCAAUUGCACCGUGUGUGCCUGGUCAACUAUACCUAUUUGGCCACCCACCAUUUGUUCAUGGCCGGAAUAUCUUAUCUUUAUGCGAUCUGGCAUUCCCCUAUCGUGAGGAGCAGACUUACCGUGGAUGAAGUCGACUUCACGAUUUUGGCUGCCAAAUCCGUUUUUACAGACCUGAUAGAUAAAUGUCCGCCAGCAGAAGCUUGUCGAGAUGCCUUUGAUCGCACCGCCAAAGCAACCAUCAAAAUGGCAAACUCGACUGGAGGCUUCGGCCAGGGCCAGGACUUGUCCGGCGGAUAUGGAAACAACAUCCACAUACGACGCCCUGGGGGAAGCAUUGAUCAGCGUCUCGACUGGAGCUCACAGAGCGAUUCUGCCGCUUCUAGUUUGCAACACUAUAGAAUGCAGCAACAACAACAACAACAACAACAACAGCAGCAGCAACAUCGCCAGCACCAACAACAACAACAACAACAACAACAACAACAACAACAACAACAACAACAACAACAACAACAACAACAACAACAACAACAACAACAACAACAACACCGCCAUCGCCCACCUAUGCUCCGAAAUCCUUCGUCACAGUACAGCGAUCUCGCUUCCGACGCCUACUCCGUCUCAUCAGCAUCUCAGCUUUCCGCCUUCCAACAGGCCCAACAGUUCCGCAUGUCUGGUGCCGCUGCUGCCGCCGCGAUCAAGAGCGAGCAGGAAGGCGGCUUCUCUCUCAUGCGAAACCUACCUCCGCCACCACAUAGCAACGCAAGCUCCAUUGCGGAAGCCGCCUCUGGCGGCGGGGGACCGAUGGCUCAAAGCCCAGCAGGCGAGACCUCCAUUGAUCCGACCUUGAUGCCCUCGCCGAGCGCCAUCCAACAGCACCAACAACGGCAAGGACAAGGACUUAGUAACCCCUUAACGCCGCCUGCUCAGAUGGGUGGAUCGCCGAUUAUUGGGGCCAAGCCACAACAGCAACAACAACAACGCGGAGGGACGCCAAAUGACUAUUUACAGCAACAGCAACAACAGCAACAACAAGCAUACUCCAAUAGUCCCGGCACACUAAGCUUCAGUGAUCUACAAGGCUUAGAGUUCUUGCAAAGUGUUGAUGGCGGCGCCGCUGGUGGUAUGGACAUUAGUAAUGGAGGAGAUCUGGCGAAUUUGAACGUGAACCUGAACCCGGCUGAGGUAGUGGGACAGAUGGAUCUAGGCUUUGGUAUCGGGUGGGAAGGGAACCAUCAUGAUUUUAGCGAUGGACAGCAGUUAGAUUUGUUUGAAGGAUUCUUUUUUGGUGGGCAGCAGGGCGGUGGCGGUGGAGGAGGAGGGGGUGGUGCUGGUGGGAACUAG